UAACGAACUACUUAGCAAAGGAGAACUUACCAAAAAAUACCCCAAACGAGAAGAAUUAUUGAAAGCCUUAGAAAUAAAUAUCUUAAGAGGUCAUUUAAACUCUCUUGCAAGACGAGAUAUAUCAGAGGCAGUGGAAGAUGAAGGUGAAGAAACCUCUAAUCUAAUGAGGGCG